AUGGCAGAUCCUUAUUUUUAUCAAAGAAAUCAAAUAGAUAUAUUACUGGGAGCAGUUGAGUUCUGGAAAAUAUUAUUAUUAAAAAGACAAACCAUAGAUCAUAUGGUGUUACAAAGAACAAAAUUGGGUUUUAUUAUAACAGGCGGAUUAAAUUUAAAAACAAAUAAUAGAUUAAUCAGUUGUACUUCUAUUGAUACACAAUUGGAAAGAUUUUGGGUAAUGGAGGAGCAACUAGAAAGAGAAGAAAACUUAAGCGGCGAAGACAAACGUUGUGAAGAGCUUUUUUCAAGAGAUUGUAAGAGAAACGAGGAUGGAAGAUUUAUUGUGUCUUUACCAAAGAGAGAAAUAAUUUCGCUAGGAAAUUCAAAACAAGGAGCUGAACAAAGAUUUUACAACAUGGAAAAUAAAUUAAAUAAGAACGAAAACAUGAAAAAACAUUAUACACAGUUCAUGCAAGAAUAUGAGAAUUUGAAUCAUAUGACAGAAAUAAACAAAGAUGAGAUGACUGAUAAUGGUUUCUAUCUACCUCAUCAUCCAGUAUUAAAACAAGACAGUAUGACAACUAAAUUAAGAGUUGUUUUCGAUGGGUCUUUUAAGAGUAGUAAUGGUUUAUCUAUAAAUGAUAACUUGUUAAUGGGUCCAAAUAUACAGAAUGAGUUACUUGACAUUAUUAUACGUUUUAGAACCUAUCCAUAUGUUUUAACUGCAGACAUAGGUAUGAUGUAUCGUCAAAUAUUAGUUCAUAAAGAAGAUAGAAAAUACCAAAAGAUAUGUUGGCGAGAAACGGAAACUGAACCAUUGAAAUAUUAUGAACUUAAUACUGUUACAUAUGGAACGACAUGCGCUCCUUAUUUAGCGUUAAGAACAUUAAAACAACUAGCGCAAGACGAUGGACAUAAGUUUGCAAAGGCUAAAUCUGUUCUAUUAAAUGACUUCUACAUGGAUGAUUUGUUAACUGGAACUAAUACUAUACAGGAAGCUAUAACAUUGCAGCAGAACUUGAAUGACUUGCUUUCAUCGGGAGGUUUUAAGUUACGGAAAUGGCGUGCUAAUCAUUUAGAUAUAUUGGCGCAUCUGGAAAGGGAAACUAUUAAUGAAAAAUUAUUAGUUAUAAAAGAAGAAGGUCCGAUUAAAACAUUGGGUUUAUUGUGGAAUUCUAAAUCAGAUAACAUUACAUAUACCAUCAAGGCAAAUGUUUCAAAAAACAACAAAAUGACAAAGAGACAUAUUUUAUCAAGAAUUGCAACCAUAUACGAUCCGUUGGGACUUCUGUCUCCAAUAAUUGUAAGAGCAAAAAUAUUCAUGCAACAAUUAUGGCAGUUAAACAUUGAUUGGGAUACUAACAUUUCAGAAGAACUUCAAGAUACAUGGACAAAUUUUAUAAAUUCAUUGUGCUACAUUAAUGAAUUGCAUAUACCCAGACAUGUGAACCCUUCACAGAGUACGUUUGAUAUUUAUGGGUUUUGUGACGCAAGUGAAAAGGCGUAUGGCGCAUGUUUAUAUGCAGUGUCAAAAGAUGAUCAGGGUAACUACAUUUCCAAUUUGAUUUGUGGAAAAUCAAGAGCGGCACCGAUAAAGGCACAGACAUUAACUUCCAACUACAUUUGGCAACAUGUUGACGGAUUUGAUAAUCCAGCUGAUGUUGUAUCGCGUGGAAUUACUGCAGAAGAAUUACUAAAUCAUGAUUUGUGGUGGUUUGGUCCAAAAUGGAUACGAACUGGACAUUGGCCUAAACAAGCAGAAGAAUAUGAAACAACAGAAGAACAUAAGGUACGAAAAGUAGUACUUCCCGUACUUCAAACGUUGUCUAUAUUAACGAGAUAUUCAAGAUUUGAUAAAUUAAAAAGGGUCAUAGGUUAUUGUCUUAGAUGGAAAAAUCAGUUGAGUGAAAGAAUAAGUGGAGAUUUAACAGUUGCUGAACUAAAGGAAGCAGAAUUAACAAUAAUUAAAAUGGUACAACAAUCAAGUUUCGNGUUGCUGAACUAA